UGGAAACGGAUAGAGUACACAGUGAAUAAAUAAAAACAAACGUACAAAAAACAACUGGAAAUCGGAUUGUUUAAGGCACCCUUCUUGAAUAAGGGUCUAUCAGAAACCAAAGAAGAGAGAUCGAAUUGGAAGAGGUGAUCCGAGCAACUGACGAAACAGAUUGAAAGGUAGAAGAUUAUAGAGGAUCCAUGUCUCAACAGCUUUUUGAGCUUCUUUCUUCUCUCCUCAAUGAGGUGGAGUCAUUAUCAAAUGAAGAAGAAGUUGAUUUACGUGCUAAAAUUGAAGCACUUAAAUCAGAAGUUACAAAAGUACCUUCUCAAUCUCAACAACAUACUGAUGAUGAGUUGGAGCUGGCCAGUAAAAUGGAUAAUUUGUCAUCGAAGCUUGAUGAAGUGGAUAAGAUGAUUUCAUCUACAGAUCCUCAAGUAAAAUCACUAUUGAGUAGUACUGCUGAUGUAUGGAUGCCUGUUAUAACAGCUACUUCAGAGGAACGUCGUAAAUUUUCAUCAUCAGUUGAAGGUCGAGAGCCUGAAGUAAAAGCAAACGCAUCCAAAAAGACACCGUAGGGCAAUUAUGCCUUAUAAGUAACAAUUUUAUGCAAAUGCAAUGAUUCACUCCAUUUGGUACUAUUUUGUAUGUUUCGGAGAAAAAGUACUUAUUUGCUGUUUGUAAAAUAAGCACAUAGCAUGCUGGACAGUUUCUUCAUUCCUUUGUAAAUUCAAUAUAUGAGCCUAACAUCCUUUCUGAUAUAUGUACGUAUAUACUAUGUACAUGCCUUUAAGUAACAAGUCCAUGAUCUAUGUGACUGUUUUGUGUCAAUU